AUUCCACAAACAACAUGGCGGACGACGUUUUUAAGACCUUCAAGAAAGAAAACUAAACAAAAGUCUUGUAGGCCUACGGAUCAAGACAGCUAGGAGAAUGCCGUACAAGGGAGAAAUUGUCCCUCUGUUACCAGAUACUGCUAUGAAAGGAGGGGAGCAUGGAAGUGCUGGCUUCACCACAACCAUCAACAUUCACAGUGAUGAUGAGAUUUGGGAAGAAGAGGCAAACGAGGAAGAUACUGUUCUCUUUGCUGAUGGGAAACGGCGUGGAACAUCUCUGAUCUUGAAUGAUGCUGUGAUAACAUUGUUAGAAUAUGUGCAGAUAUUUGCCUUACUGCAGUCCUCAGCACUCAGAUGGGUGUGGCCAGAAACAUGGCUGAAGUCAACAUAUUUUGUCUUCCUGUUCAAUGGGGAUAUAUGGGAGUUUAUGAAGUUCCAAGGUAAUGAAACCUACAAGAAUGUGCAGGAUUACUACACUCCUAGUGCCGACUUGACUGUCGACUUCUGGAGCAUCCUGCUAGGCUGGGGCUGUUUGAUGUUUCUGCUCAUUGUUACCUUCAUUGUAAUCUACAUAGUACUGAACUGUAAGAAGCACCCUUAUAUGCUGGUCAGAGUGGCCAGGCUCCAGAGGGUCUAUAUCAUCAUACUGCAAAUACUAGCCAUUCCAGUGGGGGUGACAAUUGGCAAACUGUUCCACUACACUGACACAUACAAAGUAGAUGUGGACAACACUCUGGAUGCAUUCAGUGGAAUGCACUGGGCGUACAUUGCCCCUGCAGCAGCAUUUGCUCUAGUCUACUACCUGAUCUUCCCUGCCUGGCUCAUUCAGAAGACCAAGAGAGAGAUUCUGACAUCUAGUGCUGAUCGCCAUGAAGGUUAUUUACAGUUGAAGGAGACAGAGUAUGUUCAGGGCCUUGAUGUGCUGUGGAUGGUCAGUGGGUUUCACAUCUUCUCGUCCUUCAAGAGAGUUUCAGUAUACUUCCGUCCUGCUCUCCAUAUCUGCAAGUUCAUGUUGCUGGCUCUCUAUGCUGGGCUGUACAGGUACCUGUUUUGGCAGGCUGUGGUCACUACAUCAAUUCUGUUUGGAAUGCUGUUCUUCUUUGUGUUCUGGAGACCAUACAGAGUGUCGGCAUUUAAUUUCAUGCUGAUCAUGAGCUUCCUUUGCUUGAUGUUUAACAGUCUGAUAGGUGCCAUGAUUACAUCCUUCACCCCAGCCACUCUUCAGUCACCUUGGUUCACCCCCACCUAUGUUCUUUACAUGCUGAUCAUCAUCAACGGACUGUGGCUACUUUGUGUUAUUGGGUUCUUGUUGUACUUGGGACUGAAGCAGUAUGGCAAGUGCCCUUGCUGUGGACAGGAACCACUGUGGCCCACAAUGACAUCCCAUGGGCUGGAUAAACUAAGUCCACAAACUCGGAAAUUCACCAGAGGAAUCUUAACUGCUAGGCAGUUGAUGGAAAAAUGUUUGUCAAUGCCUCCAAUCUUUGCACCAGCCCAUGAAUUAUCUCGUCAAAUCCAGAUCAUCAAUGCUUACUGCAGAGAGGCGGAGUACUUAAGAGACCCCAUACAUGCAACACUGUGGGACCUGCUGGAUGAGUUGAUAGAGGCACACUCCCAGGUGGCGCCUCAUUCUGUGUUUGCUGAUAGUGUCAAGGGUUCCAUUCGCCAGACAGCAGGAGAGCUGAUGAAGAUGAUGCCAAUGUUUGUACGGCGUUUGGCACAGAGAGAGUACGACUUCAUCUUGUUGUCACCUCUGAAGAGGAGACUGCUGUUGAAGAUGUAUUGUCUUGGAUUAUUUCUAAAUGGCCGCCAAGAAAAGAUACAGAAGGAUAGGUUGACUAGUCAUCAAGCAAAGAGAAUUUGGACAGAUGCAUCUGAGAAGAAAGAUGUGCAAGUUGAUGAUGGUUACUACGAAGACAUGUAUCCAGAACGUCUCCUGGGCCCAGACAAAGAAUAUCGCCCUCAGACUGCCAUAUCCUUUGGUAACAUGAGCCUAGCUGAGCAAAAUGACGAGGACUACAUGAAUCAAGUAGAUAGCUGGACCAAAGAACACCCACUGUCUCGGCAGGGAAAUGUGAACAGGGGAUUUCUGUCUGAUAACUUGUCAGAUAUCCUUGGAGAUGAUGUUUCCUUGAAUCUCUCUGAGAUGUUAGAUGGAGUCCCAAGCUUGUCCAGAGCAGGGACAGCUAACACCCAAAGUGGGUCUGGUAGUACAGGUUCCAGACCCGGUAGUGCAGUAUCCAGACCUGGCAGUGGAGGGUCCAGACCUGGCAGUGCAGCAUCCAGACCUGGCAGUGCAGCCUCCAGACCUGGCAGUGCAGCAUCCAGGCCUGGCAGUGCAGCCUCCAGACCUGGCAGUCGGGCAUCCAGACCUGGCAGUGGAGGGUCCAGACCCAGCAGUGGGGUAACAGUAGGUGGGAGACCAGAGUUGGAAAGACAAGGCAGGCAAGGAGGCAGACCAUCAUCAGCCCAAUCCAGACCAAUGUCUCCCUUGGCCAGGCCAACAUCAACCCAAUCAAGGCCGAUAUCUCCACUAGCAAGACCACCUUCAGACCAGUCCAAACCAAUAUCUCCUUUAGCUGGGUCAUCACCCCCGCAGCCUGCUGAAGAUACACAGCCAGUUCCCAGUGAGUCAUCAAGUUCCACAGCAGAACAGCCAACUGACACCAGUGCAAAGUCUACAGAGAAAGACAGUCAAACUGCUCCUGACAGCAAAUAAAGAUUCUACAGUUACACCAUCAAAGCAGCCAACCACAGAAAAAUGGAAGCUGUAUUCCAACAUGUAGAAACAUGAGAUGAUGUAUUGAACUAUCAUGCUUUUCUGUCUGCUAAACAAGCUGUGUAAUAUGUACAUGGAACAUUUAUUUGGAAAAGUGCUGUAUUUAGAUCAUUGAAAAAGCUAUCAGGUUUUUCUGUCAAGCUGUGUAAUUUGUACAUGGUACAUUUAUUUGGAAAAGUGCUCUGUAUUUAGAUUUUUGAAGGAGCAUUGUAGUUUUCUAUUUUUAAACAUUUUUUUCUAAUUGAUUUCCUCCCUUUAUAUUAUUAUUAUUACCUUUCUACGAAUAGAUUAAAAUUUGUUUAAAAAUAUUCACUUAACCAUCAGAGUAUGUACAUUGGUACUCUUUUAUUUUAUUUGUCAGCUGGUCUGCAAAUGAAGUAAGGGUGUAUCAUAUAUUUUCAGUCAUAUUAGUUUUUACAACUGUGUCUGAAUGUCAAGCAGAGGUGAUACCAGUAACUUGAAAUUGGAUGCAUGUGGAAAUACCAUUGCCACAGAAACAUUAUUCCGUCCUUAUAUUUUAACUAAUAUAGUUCAUCUUGCUAAGAUCAAAAUGCAAAUGACUAUUUUUGAUUUUGAUAUAUUUUUAAUAUAUGUUAAUAUUUACUAUGUUAAAUUGCUUUACAUGGAAUUCAACUUACCAAAAGAGGACUGUGAUUUAAAAUAUCUCUACUGUAUAAUAUUGUCUAGCAUAUUAAAAUAUAUCCAGAAAAUGACAACCUUGGACAUCAAACAGCUGUUAAGUUCUCUAGAGAGUGUGCAGUUUUUAUAACAGAAUCCAUUCUUCUAUUUACACUCAGAGUCAAAUGUGCAUGUUAUCUGUUAUAUUUUAAUUAAAGUUUUAUCAAUUUAUUCUUAUGUUAGAAUUUUAAACCUGUCUGCUCAUCACACAUUUCAUUCACUACAUCAGCCAGA